CCGGAGCAGCACCAGGCAAGGAGGAGCAGAUAUGUGGCAGGACUUCCUUCCAAGCGCCUGGGAGAGCAUCCUGUGCUGGACCAGGUCUUUUGAUUAUUCUCAGAAGAAUGCAGUCCUGGUCCCUGCGGUCGCUCUGGGGGUUGGAGGGAUGCUGGUUUACUGGCUGAGGUCUAGACACAAGAUCGAGACUCUUGAAAUGGGUGAUGGAUGGUGGGGCUCAGGUGAAAGACCCCUAAAAGGGAAAGAAGAUGAAAGUAUCCGUCCCUUCAAGAUUGAAACGUCUGACAAAGAAAUUGAGGACCUGCACCGCCGCCUGGAGCAGGCCCGCUACACACCCCCUCUGGAAGGGGCUGCCUUCCACUAUGGCUUCAACUCCAACUACCUGCGGAAGGUGGUGGCCUACUGGAGGAACCAGUUCGACUGGCACAAGCAAGUGGAAGUCCUGAACAAAUACCCCCAUUUCCAAACCACCAUUGAAGGGAUCAAUAUCCAUUUUAUCCACGUGAAGCCCUCCUACGUCCCUCACGGUCGCGCUGUUCAACCUCUGCUGAUGGUCCACGGCUGGCCUGGCUCCUUCUACGAGUUCUACAAGAUCAUUCCUCUGCUCACAGAACCAGCCAGGCAUGGCCUGAACGAGAGUGACACAGUGUUUGAGGUCAUCUGCCCAUCCAUCCCAGGCUAUGGCUUCUCAGAGGCACCACACCAGCAAGGAUUUGACACCAUAGCAACUGCUCGGAUAUUUCAUAAGCUGAUGAACAGAUUGGGCUUCAAGGAAUACUACCUACAGGGAGGAGACUGGGGAUCUCGUGUUACCACAAACAUGGCCCAGAUGCUGCCACAAUCUGUGAAAGGGCUUCAUCUAAAUCUUGUCUUCGUGAGCAAACAAGGUUUGGGAAGGAUGAUUUCUGUGAUGCUUGGGGCUUAUGUACCAUGGCUCGUAGGCCUCACUAGGGAAGAUGUUCAACGUACAUAUCCUUUCAUUCAGAAGAAUAUACAUGCAGUUCUGCGAGAGUCUGGAUACUUACACAUCCAAGCCACCAAACCAGACACUGCAGGUUGUGGACUGAAUGACUCCCCCGUCGGGCUUGCUGCAUAUAUUUUGGAGAAAUUCUCUACCUGGACAGAUAAAUCAUUUCUAUGUGAAGAUGAUGGAGGCUUGGAAAGAAAAUACUCUCUUGAUGAGCUUUUGACCAACGUGAUGAUUUAUUGGGUGACAUCCACCAUCGUGUCCUCGAUGCGAUACUACAAGGAGAACUUUGCCAGGAACCCUUUUUCAUCUGCUGAUACCAGGAUUGGAGUAUAUGUUCCCACUGGGAUUGCAGCUUUUCCGCAGGAAAUUUUACAUACGCCACGGGUCUGGGCAAAGGAUGUCUUCAAGAACAUCGUCACUUUCACUUACAUGCCACGUGGAGGGCAUUUUGCUGCCUUUGAGGAACCAAAGCUUCUGGCACAGGACAUCAUGCAAUUUGUCAGAAAGGUGGAACAGCUGUGA